AUGAUAUUUUUGAGUAUAAGACCGCAUGUGGAUCACUUUUACACACCUUCAAAAACUUCACAUUCAAGCUCCAAUUUUGAGAGUGAAAAAUGGGGAAAGAUUUGUAAAGACUCACUCUAUACCAACGAUCGUGCUGAAAUACGAGUUGACACUGCAAUCCCUACCGAAUCAAAAAUUCAAUAUAACAAGCCGGAAAUUUUCCUAUACGACAAAAAAUUAAACCAGAUAUGGCUAAUAGAGAUUAGAGUGACGUGUAUGGAUAAUUUAAAAGCAGUUGAAGUUGAAAAACUUCAUAAAUAUGAUAUUCUGACAGGUGAAUUAGUAAUAAUUUACAAAAGCAAAGUCAAAAUACUUCCGAUUGUUAUUACCUGGGAUGCGAUCGCCUCCAAGUAUUUAAAUAUAUAUAUGGAUUUGAUUGCCAUUAAAGACAAUGUUCUGGCGUACAUUCAAACGAUUGCAUUAAAGAAGACGUUAGAAGGAAUGUUCGUAGAAUAUAAACAUGGUUUCAAAGACGUAAUGACUAAAGCAUUGAUUCUCAACAAAGAUUAUGCAGUGUGGAACACUUACCAAAGUGGAGCUAACUCGAAGAAGAGGAGACAUGAUGAGGUGACAAAAACCGAAUACUCCGAGGAAGGGAAAAUUAAUAGCAAGAGGAUCAUGAAAAAUGACAAGGAGUCCAAUAUGCGUCAAAAUAAAUAUUAUGAACAGUCGCCUGUUGAUUCGGAUUCCUUAAGUGAUUUUGAUUCAUUAGAAAUUUAA